CGCCCACUUCCCCCCACAUCACCGCCAGCCGGGCAGGGCGGCGGCUCCUCCCCCGGCGCGGGGCAGCUCACGUGGCCCGGCGAAGAUGGCGUCUCCCGUGGCAGCUCAGGCCGGGGCCGCGCUGCGGGGGCUGGCCCGCCGCUCCGCCCUGCUGAGGGGCAGUUUCCCGGCUGUUCAAUUAACCCCGAGACGAUGGCUGAACCUGCAGGAAUACCAGAGUAAAAAACUGAUGGCAGACCAUGGGGUUACAGUUCAGAGAUUCUUCGUGGCUGACUCUGCAAAUGAUGCCCUGGAGGCUGCUAAGAGGCUAAAGGCAACAGAAAUUGUUCUAAAGGCUCAAAUCCUAGCUGGAGGGAGAGGAAAAGGUGUUUUUAAUAGUGGAUUGAAAGGAGGGGUCCAUCUAACUAAAGACCCUAAGGUUGUUGGGCAGCUUGCUGAACAGAUGAUUGGGUACAAUCUCGCAACAAAGCAAACUCCAAAGGAUGGCGUUAAAGUUAAGAAAGUGAUGGUUGCAGAAGCACUGAAUAUUUCGAGGGAAACCUACUUUGCAAUUUUGAUGGACAGAGCUUGCAAUGGACCUGUUAUGGUUGGCAGCCCACAGGGGGGUGUUGACAUAGAAGAAGUGGCGGCUACUAGCCCGGAACUUAUCUUUAAGGAGGAAAUAGAUAUUUUUGAAGGUGUAAAGGACAAACAAGCAUUGCAGAUGGCAGAAAAUUUAGGAUUCAAAGGACCUUUGCAACAGCAGGCAGCAGAUCAAAUUAAGAAGCUGUACAAUCUUUUCCUGAAAAUUGAUGCUACUCAGGUUGAAGUGAAUCCAUUUGGUGAAACCCCAGAAGGACAAGUUGUUUGCUUUGAUGCCAAGAUAAACUUUGACGACAAUGCCGAGUUUAGGCAAAAAGAGAUAUUUGCCAUGGAUGACAAGUCUGAGAAUGAGCCUAUAGAAAAUGAAGCUGCCAAAUAUGACUUAAAGUACAUUGGACUGGAUGGGAACAUUGCUUGCUUUGUGAAUGGAGCUGGUCUUGCUAUGGCAACCUGUGAUAUCAUUUCCCUUAAUGGUGGAAAGCCAGCCAACUUCCUGGAUCUUGGUGGAGGUGUGAAGGAAGCACAAGUCUAUCAGGCAUUCAAAUUGCUCACUGCUGAUCCUAAGGUUGAAGCAAUACUGGUCAACAUUUUUGGUGGUAUUGUGAACUGUGCCAUUAUCGCAAAUGGCAUUACCAAAGCCUGUCGAGAACUUGAACUGAAGGUGCCUCUGGUUGUCAGACUUGAAGGAACGAAUGUUCAUGAGGCCCGUCGCAUUCUGAAUGAAAGUGGAUUACCAAUUACCUCUGCAAGGGACCUUGAGGAUGCAGCAAAGAAAGCAGUGGCUAGUGUGGAAAACAAAUGACUCCUUGAAGAUAUUUGCCUGUAGAGGGUCUGUGAUUCACAAAAGUGACAUUCACAUUCUUGUUGUAGGGAGAAUUAUUAGGGUUCCUUAAAGCAGUCAUCAGUAUUGCUGAACUUAUCCAUCUGACAUACCCAGACGGUAUGAAAAUUAGUGAAUCCUCAAUCUGCAAAUUUCUGGAUUGAGAAAUACGUUAAUUAACAUUUAAUUCCACAAAGUUCCUGGGGGGUUUUUUGCGUGUGUUUUUUUCCAAAAUAAUGUAGUUGAUGGAUUUGUGAAUAAGGUAUAGUUAGCAACUUACUGACUCCUGUCGACACGGUUCUUCCCUAAUCCAACAAACACUGUUUCCACAUUGUUUUGGAAAAACAUUUGAGUUCAUUUUUAAUGUCCUAAAGAGUCGGCAGGCAAAAGUAAAGCCUAAUCAUCGAUUGAUCUAUUUUUAUGAAUUUUUACAAUAACAAAAAAAAAUCUGCUUUCAAUAAAUAGGUUAGUUUUCUUCCUUAGAUAAUUUGUGCUUGUAUCACACUCCAUGCCUGAAAAUGUUUUCUUUGUAUUCAGAUACAAAAAGUGUACCUCACAAUAGGAAAAAAUUGAAUACCGUUAUUUGUAGUAGUGAAAGGACCGUCCAUUCUUCUACUGUACCAGUAAACAGAUGACAUGUGAUUCAGUUGAUUGAGCUAGCCAUUGGAGGUGAAAUUGAGUACUGUCCUUCCAAACGUGUCUGUGCCAUACGGUGUCUAUGGGUGUAUGUAUGCAGUGAAUCUAAUGGGUGCCAACUUUUCAAAAUAAACUCUUUAAGUAAUAGUAGUUAUUGCAAUUCUGAAUAUUCAGCAUAACAUACGAAUCAAUAGCCGCACUAUGUGAGUAAUGAGAAAAAAAUUCUCAAAAUGGUCACUUUAUUUCCAAAAAAGAAUUUUGAUUUGCUGUGAAAAAAACUUUUCUUGUUCACUUUUCACAAACGUUUGAAUGCUCAAGCGUUAGUAAUGCAAAUACUUCAGACAAGAAUAACGAGGAGUCCUUGGGGCACCUUAGAGACUACCAAAUUUAUUUGGGCAUAAGCUUUCAUGGGCUAAAACCCACUUCAUCAGAUGCAUGGAGUGGAAAAUACAGUAGGCAGGUAUAAAUACACAGCACAUGAAAAGGUGGGAGUUGCCUUACCAAGUGGGGGGGUCAGUGCUGAUGAGCCAGUUCAAUUAAGGUGGAAGUGGGCUAUUCUCAACAGUUGAUAAGAAGGGGUGGAAAUCACUUUUGUAAUGCGAAUGAGGCCAAUUUAAACAAGGUGGCCCAUUUCAAACAAAUUGACAAGAAGAUGUGAGUAUAUCCACUAAAAAUCCUAUUUUGAUUAUAGAGUCAUUUAUACUGUUAUAAUAAUUCAAGCUGUUGAUUAUUUACACAAAUCAUUCAAUCAGGGAACAGAAGACACUACCAAGUGCCUUGAGUAACUAAUCAAUGAAGUACACAUUGCAGACCACAAACUGUUUGCUGAAAUUUGUGAAUAAUUUUGAGUAAUGUACCAAUGAGAUAAUGUCAUGAUCUGUUUCUGAACAAUUUGUAAAUGGGGGAAAAGGUAAAAUUUGUCUAAUAAAUUAUUCAUUGUGAAUUAUUUGCUCCACUCUAAUCAACGCUCUGCUUUAUUUGGGAAAAAAUACUUUGUCAUUUAUAUUUUUGUUGACAUUUCCAUGACAACAUUUAUAUUCAGAAAUGAUUGAUUUAGAUUAAUCUGUGUAGAUAUACAGUAUAGCCAGAUUCUUCAAUUACCUAAUUCCUCUUCCUUCACUCUGUUGCCCAAGGGAAAAAAUAUAUCCUCAUUAGAAUAGUGAUAAACAUACUAGUGUGAGUUACUGUCCAUAUAAGAAAAUUACUAAUUCAAUUAAAGAUAAUAAGUAUUUGAUCAAUUUAAUGAGGGUCUGGUAAAUGAUUAUACGGUGGGCUACUUUUAAGAAAAAGAAAGAAACCCUUUUCAUAAGCAUCUCAGUAUGACAUAUUUUAAGUACAGGAAAAUAAAAACAUUUUUGUGUCAGUCAGUAAAGUGGUAAAGUAAAUAUUUCCUUGUUAAGGUCCCACACAGUAUCUAGCUUUCUUAUGACAGGUUUCAGAAUAGCAGCCGUGUUAGUCUGUAUUCACAAAAAGAAAAGGAGGACUUGUGGCACCUUAGAGACUAACCAAUUUAUUAGAGCAUAAGCUUUCGUGAGCUACAGCUCACUUCAUCGGAUGCUGUAGCUGUAGCUCACGAAAGCUUAUGCUCUAAUAAAUGUGUUAGUCUCUAAAGUGCCACAAGUCCUCCUUUUCUUUUUAGCUUUCUUAUGGUAUCCAACAUACACACACUCAGGUUAAUCUACAUAUAGAUCUGAGAGAAGUGGGUAUUAGUUUGGACCUGUGCUAAUUAAUCCAAAUUUUCAUAUUACUUGUAGCCUUUUUAAAUAUUAAAUAAUUAGUGCUUUUGAAAGUUUUGUGGUAGUUAGAAUUAAAUGUUCUUUGCUACCAGUAUUGUUUGAAGCAGUGCUGAUUUCCCUAGGAGUUUGUGUUUAAACUUUCUACUAAAUUUUUUAAAAUAUACAGAACUGGUAAUUAAAUUUAGCAACCCAUGAAAAGGAGUUUAGGUUUUUGAGGGAAGUAAUUUAGUAUGGCUGACUCAACUUCCAGUGGUAAAUAUGAUUGUAAAUGGAUCCAGUUUUUCAUUUUAAAAUUCAUCUUAAUGUCCAUGGAGCUGCCUACUUUCCCAGAAUGUGAAUAAAUGCUCCUCCCUGUUCUUUAUGGCCUUACUAAAGUCAGUGGCAAAACUCC